UGAGCAGUGUGGACUCUGAGGGUCGUGGAGGCGGGUAUAAAUGUGAGGACGCUCAGAGGAAGACACACACAGACAGACAGAAUGGACGUGAAGCUGCUGUUUCUGACUGUUGUUCUUCUCUCCUCACCGCUCCUCACACUAUGUGACCCACUAUUUGUUCUGUCAGCUCCUAAUUUGCUGAGGGUGGGUUCCUCAGAGAAUGUGUUUGUGGAAGCUCAGGAUUACUCUGGAGGAGACCUGAAUGUGAUGAUCUCGGUAAAGAGAUUCCUAAAGAAAGACAGGCAGAUACUGUCUAAAUCGGUGACACUGACUGCAGACAACAAUUUCCAGAUUCUUAUAGAUAUAAAGAUCCCUGAUGAUCAGAACUUAUUUUCUGAUGAUCCUCUGGAGAAGCAGUAUGUGUAUCUACAAGCUCAGUUUCCAUCCGUCACUCUGGAGAAAGUGGUCAUGCUCUCAUUCCAGUCUGGAUAUAUAUUUGUACAAACAGACAAGCCCAUCUACACACCUGCUAGCACAGUUAGAUACAGGAUUUUUUCUCUGACACCCAACUUGACACCACAACAUGAGUCUCAAAUCGUAGUGGAAAUCACGAAUCCACAAGGCAUCACAGUUUCAUCAGAGAAGAUAUUUCCAGUCAAAGGGAUGAGGUCUGGCAGAUACGCCAUCCCUGAGGUUGCCAGCUCUGGGAUCUGGAAGGUAGUCACACGAUUUGCAAACACUCCUCAGAAGACUUUUACUGCAGACUUUGUGGUUAAAGAAUACGUGCUUCCAACAUUUGAAGUUAAAUUAAAACUCAGUAAGUCAUUCUUCUAUGUGUGUGGUCAGAGUCUGACAGUCGACAUUGAAGCCAAGUAAGGAAAAUAAAUAAAUAAAUAAAUAAAUAAA